UUCCACCCACCCAGGCAUCCAACGCAAGCCACAUCCGAAUGCGAUGUUAGGCUGUUCGUCUCUCCGCAUUCUUCACUGUUCGGUCGACUGCGCCGCGACUCAAUCCUCCGUACGGUCCGUCGCAGCGCACACGGGGCCACCUACUCCGACAUAUACAUAAUCGCCCCACCCUCCUCGUUAUGCCCGUGUCUGUAUGUGCUGUAUAGUGAUUAACUAAUAGUAUAUUGCACCGCAUCAGCCAUGUUCGUGCUACCUCCACCACCUCGGUACCCUGUUGGCGGCUAUCCCGGUGCGCCGCCAGGACAGCUUAUCGAGACCAACAACAGCAUCAGCCACCCCACCGGGCCCGAGUACCAGUUGGUGGUGGGAGAGGGCACUUACGUUCUUCGCGAUGACCUCCACCUAGCAACCCCACCGCCGCACCCUUCAGAAGCACCUGUACAUAAUCCCAACCCGCUCGCGACCACCGUAUCACCGCCCACCCAAGGCACCAAGCUAUCCCUCGUGGCUCUUGCGCCCCGCCAGCCUUCCUCGACACUGCUGCAGAGACUCGACACGAAGAACAGCACAUGGUCGCAGGUCCCGCCUAUCGCCGAACACGAGUCGAACAGCCAUACGAGUGACACUGAUUCGCAAGGUGUAAAUGGCUUCGUAUCAGCGCCGCUGGAUGGGCUGCGGACGCCGGUAUUCGGCGCGGACAAUGCAGCUCUGAACGUAGUGAACAGCAAAGCAUCGAAGGACCCCAGCAAGAGAAACAAACCGAAGAACAACAUCGUUAAGAGCAACUCGUCGUUUGUAUCCAGAGUCAUCCCGCACGAAGCCCUGACGAAGCGACUACAAGAGCACAACGUCAAUGGUCUCUAUGCCUUCGCCAACAUCAACCGCGCAUUGCAGUGGCUGGACUUGACAUCACCGACUAAGGAGGAACAUUUGACCAAGAUCUUGUUCACAAAGGCACAUGCGCUAUGCCACGACAUCAACCAGGUCACCAGGGGACCAAACCACCUCGACAUAGUUAUGGGCUUCUCGACAGGUGAUAUCAUCUGGUACGAGCCCAUGUCGCAGAAGUACUCGCGUCUCAACAAGAAUGGCAUCAUCAAUCCAACGGCGGUGUCUGACAUUCGGUGGAUACCAAACAGUGAGAAUCUGUUCAUGGCUUCGCACAUGGACGGCAGUCUUGUUGUGUACGACAAGGAGAAGGAAGAUGCGGCUUUUGUUCCUGAGGAUCAGACGCCUGAUGAGGGCAUGUCUGACAUGGAGAGGAAGACCAGGCUCACGGUAAAGAAGUCUGUUCAGUCGAAAAAUCAAAAGGCAAAUCCAGUGUCCUACUGGCAGAUAUCCAGUUCGAAGAUCAACGCUUUCGAGUUCUCGCCAGAUCGCCGUCAUUUCGCCGUCGUCUCAGAGGAUGGAUCGUUCAGGAUUAUCGACUUCUUGAAAGAGAAGCUGUUGCACCACUACAUGAGCUACUACGGCGGCAUGAUGUGCGUCUGCUGGUCGCCAGAUGGUCGAUACAUCGUUACGGGAGGCCAGGACGACCUUGUUUCGAUUUGGUCUUUAGAAGAUCGUAUAUUGGUAGCGCGCUGUCAGGGACACAACUCCUGGGUCACGGGCGUUCAAUUCGAUCCUUGGAGGUGCGAUGAGCGCAGCUACCGGAUAGGAAGCGUUGGGGAAGAUACCAGAUUAUUGUUGUGGGAUUUCAGUGUGGGCAUGCUGCACCGACCGCGAGCCGCGUCGUUGCGGCCCCGGAACAGCAUGGCGUCGACGAACCUUAACAUGCAACGCACACGUACGGAGAGUUCUGCUGGCCGUAUGCGAUCGAACUCCAACCUUACGUCGGGGAGUGCACUCGAUGAUGACGAGGUCGUGCAUCCGGUCGAGCCCCGCGCACGCACCGCGAUCCUGCCUCCAGUGCUGACCAAGGCGGUCGACGAACACCCUCUUACAUGGUUGGCCUUUGAAGAGGAUUGCAUAAUAACAUCGUGCAAGAACGGGCACAUCAGGACUUGGGACCGCCCGAAGGAGGGCUCCUCAACAGACGACAGCGGACGUACGCGCUCGCAGACGAGUUCGAACGCUGGCAUCUCAUAGAUAUACAACAUGUUUGGGGAGUUGUUCUUAAUGGCGGACUUAUUGGGACGUUGGAACACUACGAUGAGGCUCUGCGAGCACCUGCAUGCGGUUUGGCAGGGGUGGCCGUUUAAAGUUCUCUCCGGGAAGGCCCGAUGGCCGUGUCUUCCUCGCGUUCUGGAACCGCACGUUACUCACGACCAAGAUUCACCGCGCCACACGCAUCUUGCAUGCGCG